UGUUUAUUUAUUUAAUACUAAUUCAUCUGCAAAAGUCGGCUUCCUUUUGAUCCUGAAUCAGAGAAUGGGAGUGGUGAGGGAAACGUUUUACUUAUCUCAUGGCUCUCCGAUGAUGUCUAUUGACGAGAGCAUACAGGCUAGACAUUUCUUCCAAUCCUGGACCAAUGCUACCUUCAAACAAAGGCCCAAUGCCAUCCUCAUGAUCUCCGGCCACUGGGACACCCCUCACCCCGCCGUUAAUCUCGUUCCUCUCAACGACACCAUCUACGACUUCUAUGGCUUCCCUGACCCCAUGUACAAGCUCAAGUAUACUCCACCAGGAGCUCCCGAUUUAGCAAAGAGGGUGAAGGAAUUGCUGGUGGAGUCUGGAUUUAAGCGUGUUGAUGAGGAUAAGAAAAGAGGCCUUGAUCAUGGUGCUUGGGUUCCAUUGAUGUUCAUGUAUCCGGAGGCUGAUAUCCCUGUGUGUCAACUCUCUAUUCAGUCUGAUAAAGAUGCCACCUACCACUAUAACAUGGGCAGGGCUUUAUCCCCUCUCAAGGAGGAUGGCGUCCUCAUCAUUGGUUCAGGUUCUACUACUCACAAUUUAAGGGCCAUUCAACCCCAUGGCACUCCCCCUCCUUCCUGGGCUUUGCAAUUUGAUUCCUGGCUUCAAGAUGCUCUUCUUCAAGGACGAUACGAAGAUGUCAAUCACUUCGAUAUGAAGGCUCCACACGCGAAGACAGCUCAUCCUUGGCCAGACCACUUUUAUCCGCUGCAUGUGGCUAUGGGUGCUGCAGGUGAAAAUGCCAAGGCCAAACUCGUGCACCACAGCUGGAGCAAUGGUAGCCUUUCUUAUGCUUCUUACCAGUUCACAUCAGACAAUUGAAUUUCAUUGUACCUACUUUGUGUUAUAGCCUUACAUGCGCCUUACUAGGACAAAAUUAAAUCCGAUCAAUCCAAUAAGCUUUUGUGUUUGUAUGAUGUCAGUCUUAUCGUUAUUAUUAAUUUUGUUGUCAUGCUUUGUACUGAUCAAUGCAUCAGAAGUCUCGGUUGUUUCCA